UUCAUCGAUUUGCUGACUGCGGCUCUCCUGGACUCAACUACUGGAACUUAUGCUGCCGCACCAUCGAAUUUCUUGGACAGGGAAUGCGAUGCUAUCUACGUUGCCAGGUUGGCUGAUUUGCCACCAAUCAUUCUGGAAUUUCAGGCGAGGGUGGACCUGGAAUUUAUACAUCGUGCCUUCUGCUAUUGCAUGGAGGUCUACAAAAGAUACAACGUUCUCCCAAUCGUCUUGGUGAUACAUACGGGUGAGAUAGACCGGUCUUUCCUGGUGGAAAAAUUCAAGACAACCGAAAAGUGGCCGUAUAUGCUGGAAAUGGAGUGCUCGUUUGUGGCGGAGCGUUUUUAUUUGUUGACAAAAGACAGCAUCAUGGAUUUGGUCGAUUCAGACGAACCACUGCCUCCUCUCGUUGCCGCUGCCCAUUUUUUCAUAUCUCGUUCACCCAGUAUCAUUGGAAACUCUCGAUGGGACGACGAGUAUAUCAAGUUUAUGUAUCGGUUAUGCAUGAAAUUUGCCAAGCAAGACGGCAUACAUGAAGCUACUCGCUUGGAGAAGUUGAAGCGGGUAUGCAUGGAUACCUACGAUCAGUUCGAAAAAAUA